GUCACAAAACUGCGUAUUUCUAUUUUGAGUGCGUGAUUAUAAAUAUUUGUAAAUUAUUGAUGUAAAUAAUAUCAGUAGUGGUGUUAGUUGCAUAGUUCUAAUUAAAAUAAGGACAUGAGAUAAUAGUGUUACUUAAAAUGGACUAUUUAUUUGUAAGAAGAAACGAACGAUUAAUACAGCCAUCGAAUUAAUUAAUAAUUAGUAUUAAUUACAUAUUUCGAAUACGACGUGAAUUUAGACACACCCGUUUUAUUAGAGAUGAUAGUUCGCUGGCCGAACCCCCCAUCGUGAAAAUAGAACAGAAACAUGGGACAACAAACUUCAAGGAAGAGCGGCGAGUGCUCUUGCGGCUGUGGCUUCGAGCGCCGGCGUUACGCGGAGUCUCCGAGCAGCGUUCAGAGAUACGUCAGCGCAGUCACAGACAGAUGGUCGACGCGAGAAUGCUCGUGCCGACGCCGCGGACGGCGUCCGGCCUGCGUGUGCACGGCGUACCGGCGCGUCAGCGUCUCUGACGCCAUCGCCGACGAUCGAUUAGCAGCAGUUAUCACACUUGGCGCCAGGGAUCUUCGCAGAGAGCUGGACACCAUCGUCUUAAACAGAGAAGGCGACAAUCCAACAGACAACUCUACUGCCGAGGUUUACGUUCUCUCAGUGGCUCCCAGAUCCGACUCCGAGUCAUCGCAAGAAGGCAGAAGGAGUGAGCUCACACAAGCCAGCGACGGCUCUAUACGGUUAACUCCACAUUUCCAGGUGGUGUGCGGCGGAGAGCUGCGCGCACUGCUGCUGCGCGCUCCGCUGGCGCCCGGGCUCCCGGCGCACAGCGCGCAGCUCCCCAUACCUACCAAAGUCCACACGCAGGUGGACUACAUACAUUGCCUAGUACCAGACCUGCAACAGAUCACAGCUUGUUCUUUCUACUGGGGCAAGAUGGACCGGUACGAAGCAGAAAGACUGUUGGACAAUAAGCCUGAAGGCACAUUCCUCCUCCGCGACUCAGCGCAGGAAGACCACCUGUUCUCCGUGUCGUUCCGCAAAUAUGGCCGCUCGCUCCACGCCAGGAUUGAACACUACCAACACAGAUUCAGUUUCGACUCUCACGACCCCGCUGUGUUCGCCGCACCUACUGUUACAAGGCUCAUAGAGCACUAUAAAGACCCAGCGUGCGUGAUGUUCUUCGAGCCGAUGCUAACCGCGCCCCUCCCCCGCACCAGCCCCUUCAGUCUCCAGCAGCUGGCGCGUGCUGUCAUCGUCUCACACACCAGCUAUGACGGGGUAGAAAAAUUGCCGCUACCGCCGCGCAUGCGCGCCUACCUAAAGGAGUAUCACUACAGACAGCGCGUGCGCGAGAGACGCCUAGAGCCCGAAUUAUUCCCUCAUCUCUCCUAGCGCCAUCCAUUUUACUGGUAAACUAAUAAAUGCAGAUGGCAGUCCAUAUUAGAACGUAAUAAGGCCUGAUUUAGACGGCGUGCAAACUCGCAUUCGAUUUUAGUUACAUUGCGGGCUGUUUAAGUUACAUACAAUUUUGCACAGCCGUCAACACCGCAAUGUAGCUAAAAUCGCAUGCGAGUUCGCACGCCGUCUAUAUCAGGCCUAACAACAUCCAUCUGAGAGGUCAUCAGUAUAAACUGGUCUCUCGCAGGUCAUACAACCCUCAUAGACAUUUCUUUAGUAAUAUAGUGGUAAAAUCUUGGAAUCAGCUCCCGGAGGAUGUAAUAUCGGCCCAAAGUGUAAACGAAUUCAAGAAUAAGUUAGACAAGCACAGUGCUAAUAGGCUACUUGACCCUUUUUCAAAGUAUGUCUUAUUAAUUACUGUCUAAUUAAACGAAAAAAAAUAGUACCAUAUUUUAUUACGACUUAAAAAGCCGCAAAAAAUUAUUUAA